GAUGAUGAUGAAAAACAUGUAGAACAAUUAGUAGAUUCUAAACAAAUGGAGUCUCAUAUUGCUGCUCUGAUUGACAGGCAUCUUGCAUGCAUUUAUCCCGUCUUUACUCAAACAACACGUGCAGUUUUAAUACGUGAGGCACGUGACGUUCUCGUGAAGAUCUAUCACGGUUGUUUGACAACAUUUGAACGGCAAUUCCUAUGUAAAUUUACAGAGAUCGCUGUCAUGCAGGAACGUCAUCGUGUCGGUGAGGCUUUAAUUUGGUGUCAAGGAUGGCCUCUAGUAACACCUAUUGGCGAAGUUAUACUUCAUUUGGGGGGCCUUGAUGACGUUGAAGUUAAAUCUGCAGAAAUAUAUUUAUGCGUUAAAACAGCUGAAACGAAUAAAGAACCUCAAUUAUGCCGUUUGGCGUACGCCAACAGAGAACCCUUUAAUCGACACAUUAACAACACUACUACUGCUGCAACAAAAACAACAACAACGACAACUGUAGAAUCAGGGUCAACUUUGAAAAGUUGUCAACUUGAUUACCAAGAUCACACAUUGUACCUGAGCACAUUAGCACUCGAAAUGUUAAGUGACGAUUUGCCACAAAUCUUACAGAGUCUACUGAUAGGCGUGGAGAAUAGUCUUGAGCGUUUAUCGCUCAAUCAACUACCACAAAUACCAUUUAGUGGUGGUGGUAAUGGUGGCGAUACAAGUUGUCAUAAUAAUUCAUCUGCCAACACCACAGCAACUGGUACAUCACAAACAUCCUCAUCAUCAUCAUCAUUAAGAGAUGAGAAAAAUCAUUAUGGUACGCUUAACGGUAGACUCCAAUUGCCAAAUUCACCGAAAUGUGCAUUAAGACGCAGUGAAUUAAUUACCAAAAAUAAAUUACACAACAACAAAUACAUGCUGAGACGUUUGACCAAUCGUCAGGAUAGUAUGAAUUCAACGUCUUCGGGUAAUAGCAGUGCCAGUGGUUUGAGUAACGCAUCAAGUGAUAGCGAUUCUUAUGCCAAAAGUCAUCUAAUAAACAGCAUUAAUAACAGAAAUAUUAGCAGCGGCAACAACAACCACAACAAUAGCCAUAAAAUAUUACAACAACAACAUCAGCAGCAACAACAACAAUACCACAAACUGAAACCAAAAACCAAUGAACUGAAUUCACCUGCCUUGCCAAGAUUUUGUUUAGGUAAUUCAUUUCCACACAUCGACAGUGAUGAAGAGAAUACCGAAGAUAAACGCAAUUCAUUAACUGAUGAUCAAUUGGAAAGUGAAAUUAUACCGCCAAAUUUAAUUACCGAUUUACCCGAAAAACUACUUUUAUCUGGCAUCUAUUUACCUGGAACCCGUGAUUUAAAUGGAAAUCCGUUAGUUACAGUCGAUGCCGAAAGCGUUGUUGCUGCUGGCCUAAAUUGUUAUGAAAUUGCAACUUUACUUUUAUACUAUAGCACAAUACCGGAAGGUUGUGUGCAAAGCAGCAAUCAUUUAAAUGGUAAGACUACGAUAUCAAAUGCAGCUCAAAGAUCACAACCAACAAUAACAGCAUCAACAUUAGUUGCAACCACAGCCCCAGCAUCAGCAACAUUACAACAAUCAAAUCAAUUAACAACAUCACAAUAUGCUGCAACAACAGCAAAUACACAAUUGUCAACGAAAACAACGGUGACAACAUCUACAAAAGCAACAUGUACCUCCUUAAAUGACAACAACAACAGCAGCAGCAUGCAACUAAAACAACAAACUGAACAUUUACAAACACAACAGCAGCAGCAGCAACAGCAACAUCAAGUAACAUUUACAAUUUUAAUUGCCAUCGAAAAAUCGCAACACCUGUGCGUAAUCGAUUUAAUUAGCCAAAGUUUAAAACUCCUAACACGGCAUAUUGCGUAUUGUGAAUUACUUGCCAUUUGUCUCGAUACCAAUUUACUGCCAACGUCAAAUAAAAUGAAAUCACCAACACAUAUGAUCAAAUUCAUUAGUAUUGAUGAAGUCACGACAAGUGUUGCACCAUCUCAGACACCUAGUGGACGUCUAUGUGGUUUACAUCAUCAUGACGCACGAAAGUGGCGUGAUUUCUUCAUGCAGUAUGAACCAUUUUAUAAUCAGUGUACGGGUGCAGCACAUCGUUUGGUGGCUGCUUUAAAUGACAUACGCCAUGCUGACCUACAAGGUUUGCCAACCAGGCGUCAGUUGUAUGCUCAGCAUAGAGCUUUGAGUCGUGCUCUCAUGGAUUCUGAAUUGCAUAAUUUGCGCAAACGUAGCACAGCCACCAUGAUACGUUUACAGGAGCUGGCGAAAAGUAUUAACGGUCACAUUAAUAGCAACAGUAAUGUUGGUUACAGUGGCAGUUUAAAGAGCACCGCAACUAUUGGUAGCAGUAGUAGCAGUAUAUAUAAUCGUAACAAGAUCAUGGGUAGCGGUAGCAGCAGUUAUAGCUUUAAUUACCAAAGCAACCAAAAUCAAAGUCAGAUUAGUCACAAUAUUUCAACAAUAGCAACCAAAUCAUCAUCAUCAACAACAUCAGUAUCAUCCAAACAAGCAGCAGCAGCAACAGCAACUUUAUUACAAACCCAACAUACCAAUACAACAAAUCCCAUCAUUAAGUCAUUCAUUUAUUCAUCUAACUCACAAACUUCUACCACCACAGCUAGUCGUGUAAGCGCCAAUUAUACCAGCAACAGCAGCAACUUUAUCCACAACAAUAAUAAUAGCAACAGUGUUACAGCAACAACAACAACAACAUCAACGACCACUGGUAACAUUGAUGUUGCAAUUAGACUACAGAAGGUAACAUUAUUAUUCAAUGAAAUUGAUCGUGCCGCCAAGCGUCUGGAACAACUCACCGAACAACGACGCGAACAUUUACGCGAAUUAACACGCCAACGUGCUCUUGAAGAUGAAAUUAAUGAGGUAACUUCUUGGAUAACAAGUGAUGGCAGUGAGUCACUGCAACGAUUUAUAAAUUUGGAAUUGGAUUUUGAAACCCCCAUGAAGGAACUCGAACAUGAAUUCGAAAAAUACUACUUUAUAUCAAUGAAACAUUUAGCUAAAGGACGAGAUCUACAUUUAGCAGCUGCCUGCAUGGAAUCUCUUAAGGAAAGUUCGCUAAACCUGAAAAAAGCUCUCGAUAAUUUUGCGGAAAAACUCGAAAUAGCUCGAGAGCGCAUAGAGGGUGCCACACGUUUAUAUCAUCUCGUACAUCUUCAUAUGCUCGAUGAAAAUAUGCAACACGAAAUGGAACGUUUAGCUGGACUCUACGGCACAAAAGGACUUUUAGAAAAAUAUCUCGAAAAGGAAAAUGAGAGAUCGAAACCAAAACCGGAUAGUUUAAAUUUACAUAUCAAUCAUAAUAGCAGCAUGCAAAAAUCAUUAACACAAAUCGUAACAAGUACGCCGGAUACAAAUAAAAUACGUGCCAUAAGUCACAGGUCAAGUUAUGGUACUGGUUCAUUUGAGAGUCCCGCAUGUCAAUGUUGGCGCGAUAGUCGAAAUCUAGAUGAAAUGGAUGAAAUGUUGGAUAACGAUGAGGAGGAAGGGCGUUCGAAAAUUGCCGAUUCAGGAGUGGGAGAAUGUCAACGUUGUGAGGGGAAUCCGAAAUUUACCAGAGUGUGUUCAUGCCAAAGUCUCAACGAGGAAUCAGAGAAUUUAUAUGAAAAACAUGAUGAACUCGAUGAUGAAUGCUUCGAGCAACCAUCUAAACAUUAUAUUAAUGUCCAUUCACCCUGGGAGGCCAAUAAACAUUUACAAUGUUAUGCCUCCACAUUCGAAUUGCCCAAAUUAGAAGAACUCAGCUGCCUAGAUCCAAAAAUACAAAAAACGCUCCUAUUGAUCAUGCGCGAGAUGAUUGGCACGGAACGUGAUUAUGUACGUUCAUUGUAUUAUGUCAUUGAAAACUAUAUUGAUGAAUUGUUGCGCGAUGAUAUACCACAAUCGCUGCGCGGUCAACGCAAUGUUAUCUUUGGUAAUAUUGAGAAGAUUUUCGAAUUUCAUAAUAAUCAUUUUCUUGCGGAACUGGAACGUUACGAACAUAAUCCGCUGAAAGUUGGUGCCGCAUUCCUGCAAAUGGAAUCGAAAUUUUAUUUAUAUGCUUUAUAUAAUAAAAAUAAACCAAAAAGUGAUACACUGAUGAGUGAAUAUGGAACUGCUUUCUUUAAGACUAAACAAAUCGAACUCAAUGAUAAAAUGGACUUGGCUUCAUACCUGCUAAAGCCAGUGCAGCGAAUGGGUAAAUAUGCUUUACUUUUACAGCAAUUGGUAAAAGCCUGCAGCACAGUACAGGGCUCGGCAUUACAAGAAAUUGCAGCCGAUGUUGAAGAAUUGCAAAAAGCCGAAGAAAUGGUUAAGUUUCAAUUGCGACAUGGCAAUGAUCUAUUGGCCAUGGAUUCGCUGAGAGACUGUGAUGUCAAUGUCAAAGAACAGGGACGUCUCUUGAGACAAAAUGAAUUUUUAGUGUGGCAGGGUAGGGGUGGUAAGAAAACAUUACGACAAAUUUUCCUAUUCGAAGAAUUGGUAUUAUUCAGUAAAGCCCGAAGAUUUCCGGACCAUAAGAAUCUUGAUAUUUAUAUUUACAAGAAUAGCAUUAAAACUUCGGAUAUAGGUUUAACUGCUCAUGUGGGUGAUUCACCUACAAAAUUUGAAAUUUGGUUUAGAAAACGUAAACCCGAAGAUACAUUUACCCUGCAAUGCAUGUCAGAAGAUAUAAAAAAUGCCUGGACAGAGGAAAUUUCAAAGUUAUUAUGGCAACAGGCGAAAAGAAAUCGAGAAAUUCGCCUAGCUGAAAUGUCUUCAAUGGGCAUUGGCAGUAAACCAUGUUUGGAUAUAAGACCUAGUAAUAAUCAAAUUAAUGAUCGUUCGAUUACUAUUACCCAAUUAGGAAAAGCACCCAAAUUGCGUCAUUCAUUUGUGGGCUUGCACACCGACCAAAUAAAAACUUCACGUCGUCCCAACUCCCUAAUAUCGGAAAGUUCUUUAUCUAGUGGCACUAGCAGUUCUUCACUUAGUAAAUCCUCCACUUCAUCAUCAUCGUCAUCUGCCCAUCACCACCACCACAGCAACAACAACAACAAUCACCAUAAUCAUCAUCAUCAGCAGCAGCAUCACAGUCAACAGCAACAUCAUGCGAAUCAAGCUCUUGAGCUAAUUAAUGAAUGUCAAACCCUGGCUUUAGAGAGCAAUACUGACAAUUGCAACAGACCCCAACAACUUAUGACCAACACUAUGAGCAGUGGUUUUAGCAGUCAGAGUGGUGCUGGUACUUUAAAUUCCCGACAUCGUAAUCAUCAUAAACGUUCGACAACUAUCGUUAGUCAACUAUCAAUGGAAAGUGGUAUAAUAUCAGAUAUAUGCAUGACACCCGAUCAGGAUAAUAAUGAUGUAUUAACAACAUGGCCCUCCAUCCAUCCAACAGAUGCCAUAGUAUCCCCCACAACAGGUGGACAGAAAUACACACACAAAACUUAUUCAUCAAAUACUUUGGGUAAGAAAUUGGAAUCACAUUAUCAUCAUUCGCAACAGCAACAACAACAUCAGCAAUAUAAGGAAUUGAAAUUGGAGGAAAAUUUAGAACACACGAGUUGAACAUUGUUUCUUUCUAAGUAUUUAAUAAAUCAAUGAUGACCUUUUUAUUAAUAAACUUUAAACAUUUUAUAUUAUACGAAAUUAAUUAAUUAAAGCUAAAAACGAAAAAAAAAUAUAUAUAUAUGGAAAAUUUAAGAAUCAGUGAAUUUAUUUAUAUGUACUCGUUUUAUUAUUUUUUAUUUCAUUAACUACUUUUUUUAGUUUUUGUCAUUAUUUAUACAUUUAUUUAUAUAUUUCAUUAUUGUUUAUUGCAUUUUUUUGUUAUUUAUUAUUUUUUUAUUUUUAUGGCUCAUUUCUCUCUGUUAUCUUUAUAGUUUUCUUUUUGCUUUAAAAAAAUCUUUAUAUCUUUUUCGAUUUUGAAUUCAGAAUGUAUUAUGUUAAGAUUUUUUUAAAUUUUUUAAAGUGUUUUAUAAAAAUUUAUACUUAAUUGAGUAA